AUGGCGGCGGCGGCGGCGGCGGCGGCAGCAGCAGCAGCAGCAGCGGAAGCAGAGGCGGCAGCGGAGGCGGCCGGUGCUGCGCCCGACUACGAGGCGGCGGAGUUGUACACCCGUGCGUUCCGCGUGGGCGCUCUCAGCCGUUGCUGGAUGCAGCACCUGGGGCCGCCCGACCUCUCUCUGGCGCGAGAGGCGGCGGCUGAUGAGGACGCGGCCGUAGUGGCGGAGCUGGGCUGCGAGGUGGAGAUGGUGCCCGAGCUGCAGGAAGUGUGCAGCAUUGAUACGUUAAUGUCUUCUGAUAAAGAAGAGGACCCAGAUGUUAUUCCUGAAGAUAACAGUCUGCUAACUCUACGAAUUAGAAAAGAGGCAUUAGAGAGGAGGGAAGAAACAAUUAUUGUGGAUCGGGCUUGCAGACAAGAAACUCUUGCCUAUGAGAUGGAAUCACAUGCAAGUGGAAAGAGGCCAGACAGUCCUACAGAUCUAGUUGAGGAGGGAGAGCUACUUUUAACUCUAAACGUAUUCUACCCUAUCAUAUUUCAGAAGCAUAAAGAUUACAAACCUUAUCAGACAGUCCUUGUACUGGGCAGCCAGAAGCUGACGGAGCUGAGAGACUCAAUUUCCUGCGUCAGCGACUUCCAGAUAGGUGGUGAGUUCAGCAGUCAGCCAGAUCAAGCACCAGAACACGUAAGCAAGGAUCUCUACAAAUCUGCCUUCUUCUAUUUUGAAGGUAUCUUUUAUAAUGAUAAAAGAUACCCAGAAUGCAGAGAUCUGAGCAGAACUGUUAUUGAGUGGUCAGAAUCUCAUGAUAGAGGCUAUGUAAAUCUUCAGUCCGAUGAUAUGGAGGACUACACAUUUAAUGAUUUGUCCCUCAAAAUUGGCUUCCCAUACCUUUUCUGCCACCAAGGGGACUGUGAGCACAUCAUUAUCAUCACGGACAUAAGGCUCAUUCAUUAUGAUGACUGCCUGGACAGGAACCUCUAUCCCUUGCUAAUCAAGAAACACUGGCUAUGUACCAGAAAAUGCUUUGUGUGCAAAAUGUAUACAGCCAGGUGGGUAACCAACAAUGACAGUCUGGCGCCAGAGGAUCCUUGUUUCUUCUGCGAUGUUUGUUUUCAGAUGCUCCAUUACGAUCUGGAAGGCAAUAAACUGGGGGAAUUUCUUGCAUAUCCUUAUGUCGAUCCUGGGAUUUUCAACUGAAACCGAUGUGAGACACAAUGAAUUUGUGAAGUGCAUUGGUGAAACUGUUGCUCUGGUUGUUAAAACCACCACACAGCUUGAGUUUUGAGCGUCCUACUGGGGUUUAGGUUAGGGUUUAAUCCUCUCCCCUGAGGUGGAAAGAGCCCUUUGCACAUGAAGUCUUUCUGGUGUGCUUUUCUGAGUAAGCAAGUCUGAUUUUAAAAAAUGAGUAAUUAUGGAAAAAUAUGCUCAAACAUCUGUUUUAAUCAGCUACAUUUUUCUAAUACAUUUGGGCAAGAAGAUGGUAGUUUGGAGACUACGGACUUUAAAAAUAUGGAUGUUUCAAGAGAGAAUACCUUGCAAAAGCAGCUGUGACUUUGAGAAGUUUUGUGCAUCCAAGGCCUUCUUAACGUCAGAGGAUGAAAACACGGUCUUUGGGUAUCUCGCCUUGAAAACUCUGGCAGUUGCCAUCUCUGAAGAAGGGUGGGUAGCACUGCAUUUGUGGGGAUACGUUCUGAGAGGGAAGCUUAAGGUGCUUGUUAACUUCUGAAGUCUUUUCCUGCAAGCAGGGGGGUGCUUGCAUCUGUGAACUGCCACUGUCCUUACAUUCCAACUGAGGACUGAUUCUGUGAUGAGUAAGCUCCAUUUCACUGAUGACUGAAUUGUGGCCUGUCUUCCAGAUUACUUUGACUCUUUACUGUGUGUGAAGUUUUACCUGUUCAUACUGUUCAUUGUGCACUGCUUUUUUAGUAUCAUCCUGUAAUUGUAAGUGUUGUUGCUUUUUUAAAUAUGACCAAUUUGUACUUGAUAGUCUGUUGUUAAGUUAAAACUCUGCUUGCCAAGACAGAAUGUAUCCAAUGCCUUGCUUUUUAAAGUCUGGAAUUCAGAGAAUGUUAGUGGAGAUCUUCACUGUUUAGGCAAGUUAGUAGUGCUGCUGCUUUUCUUUUGAAAGCUUCAGCUAGUUCUCAACCCUAGUUCUGGUUGGAGUAAAAGAAAAACAGCCAACUCUGAUAAUCUGCAUACAGAAGUGUAUUUGACACAUUGAAUUCUGUUGAGGUCCUGUGGCCGCAGAUCCUGCAAGUGCUUACUGAUUACCUUAGAUGUCUUGAAACAGAAGUGUCUUGUGAAUAUUAAUCUGUGGGGGGUUUAAG